UCCGUAGUAGCAAUCAUGGCGGUGUUGUUAGGACUAUUCACAGGACUUUGUUUUACAGUGAUUUGUGUUAUAGUGCGGCUUCUGAUUGUGAUUAGUUCUGGAUCAAAAUGUAAACCUGGAGAGAAAGGUCCCGUCUGCGUGCUUAUCGUUGCUGGAUCAGGGGGACACACCACUGAGAUCCUGCGACUGAUGGAGAGUCUCUCUCAGUCAUACAGCCCAAGACACUAUAUAAUCGCAGACACAGACAAGAUGAGUGAAGACAAGAUACGUACCUUUGAAAACUCAAAGAAAGACACUGGUUCAAAAGGCCAGUUUACCAUCCAGAGGAUCCCUCGAAGCCGUGAGGUGCGGCAAUCCUGGAGUUCCUCUGUGAUCUCCACUCUGAACGCCCUGCUCUACGCCAUUCCUCUGGUGUUCAGGCUCAGGCCAGACAUGGUGCUGUGUAACGGCCCUGGGACCUGCGUCCCUCUUUGCGCAGCAGGACUUCUCCUGGGCCUCCUGGGAUUGAAGAGAGUCCUGCUCGUCUACGUUGAGAGCAUCUGCAGAGUCGAGAGCCUGUCCCUGUCCGGAAAGAUCCUCUAUCACAUCUCGGACUACUUCUUUGUCCAGUGGUCCACCUUGAAGGACAAAUACCCCAAAUCAAUUUACCUCGGGAGGAUAGUCUGACUCUGAAUAGACUAUGUGGGGGGGACUACCCUGUGUGUGUGUGUGUGUGUGUGUGGGGGGGCUA